GCAAGAAGAAGCCCUUGUGUGGACGGAGGAGGCGGCCAGGAGAUGCCCCUGAAGCCCCCCGGAUAAAUGGAGCCCCCCAGGAGGACCCCCGGCUUCUCCUCCCUCGCCCUCUGCCUCUUGGCCUUCCUUCUGCCAGGAUCGCCCUGCUUCAGCGACCUCUUCUUCUCCCGGGAGCCACAGGACACGACGGUGCUGUCCCGGCGGGAGGGGGCUCUGCUGGAGUGCCAGGCCCGCGGGGAGCCCCCCAUCUCGGUCUCCUGGCUGCGCAACGGGGCCAAGGUCCUGCCCAGCGAGAGGCUGCGCCCGCUGCCCAACGGCUCCCUUCUAGUGACCGAGGCCCACGAGGGCGCCUACCAGUGCCUGGCCCUCAACCAGCAUGGUGCCAUCCUCAGUCGCAAGGCCCUCCUCACCCUCGCCACCAUGCCUGCCUUUGAGCUGCAGCCGCUUCCGGCCAAGGUCCCUGAGGGUGGAGUGGCCCGCUUUGCCUGCAAGGUCUCUUCCGUCCCUCCGGCCGUUGUCACCUGGGAACGCAACCGCACCGCACUCCCCAUCGCCCUGGACAGGAUCACGGCCUUGCCCUCCGGAGUGCUGCAAAUCUACGGCGUCCAGCCGCAGGACGCGGGGAGCUACCGCUGCGUGGCCACGGCCCCCGCCCACCGCAGGAAGAGCGCCGAGGCCACGCUCACCGUCCUCCCAGCCUCCAACGCCAAGCUCCUCCACAAGCCUUCCAUCAUCGCCGGUCCGGAGAACGUCACGGCUUCCCUCCACCAGACGGUCAUCUUCGAGUGCGUGGCCACCGGGAACCCAAAGCCCAUCAUUUCCUGGAGCCGCUUGGACCACAAGCCCAUUGACGUCUUCAACACGCGUGUCCUGGGGAAUGGGAACCUCAUGAUCUCCGACGUGAAGGCGCCCCACACCGGGGUCUACAUCUGCCGCGCCACCACGCCCGGCACACGCAACUUCACCACCGCCGCCGCCACCCUGACUGUCCUGGCGCCGCCUUCGUUCGUGGAGUGGCCGGAGAGCUUGACCAGGCCGCGGGCCGGCACCGCCCGCUUUGGCUGCCAGGCGGAAGGCAUCCCGGCCCCAAAGGUCUCCUGGCUGAAGAACGGGCGCAAGGUCCACUCCAACGGCCGGAUCAAGAUGUACAACAGCAAACUGGUCAUCAACCAGAUCAUCCCGGAGGACGAUGCCAUCUACCAGUGCCUGGCCGAGAACAGCCAGGGCUCGGUCCUGGCUCGGGCCAGGCUGACCGUGGUCCUGUCCGAAGACCGGCCCAGCGCCCCCUGCAACGUCCACGCCGAGACCGUCUCCAGCUCCGCCAUCCUGCUGGCCUGGGAGCGGCCGCAGUACAACGCCGACAAGGUCAUCGCCUACUCCGUCCACUACAUGAAGGCCGAAGGCCUGAACAACGAGGAGUACCAGGUGGUGAUUGGGAACGACACCACGCACUUCCUCCUGGACGACCUGGAGCCCGCCAGCAACUACUCCUUCUACAUCGUGGCCUACAUGCCCCUCGGGGCCAGCCAGAUGUCCGACCACGUCACCCAGCGCACCCUCGAGGACGUUCCCCUGAGGGCCCCUGAGCUGAGCCUGACCAGCCGCAGCCCCUGGGACAUCCUGGUCUCGUGGGCGCCCCUGCCGGCCAGGCUGCGCCGGGGGGAGGUGGUGUCCUUCCGCCUCUCCUUCCGCCUGGCCCCGUCUUCCUCCUCCUCCUCCUCCCCUUCCCCUUCCUCUUCCCCUUCCUCCCGGGAGGCCGGGGAGGCCCAGACGCUGGAGCUGCCCGGGGAGGCCCAGGAGCACCUCCUGGAGGGGCUGCGCCCGGACGCCCUCUACCUGGUGCGCAUUGCGGCCGCCACCCGCGUGGGCUGGGGAGAGGCCUCCCUCUGGACCUCCCACCGCACGCCCAGGCCCUCCGCCCACACAGUCCCCAAGUCCCCGGAGCUGCUCCUGCAGCCCCUCAACUGCACCACCAUCUGGGCCCAGUGGCAGCGAGAGGAAGAGGAGGAAGAGGAAGGCCCCUCGGUCCAGGGCUACAAGCUCUUCUACAAGGAGGAAGGGCAGCAGGAGAGCCGACCACUCCUCAUGGAGGCCUCGCGCCGGGAACACACCAUCAGCGGCCUGGGUCCCCGCAGGAAGUACCAUGUCCGGCUGCUGGCCUUCAAUGGGGCGGAGGAGGGAUACCAAGCCGACCAGACCGUCAGCACACCCGGAUGCGUCUCCGUCCGCGACCGCCUGGAGCCUCCUCCGCCUCCCCCUCCGCGCCUGUCUGCGCAGGCGAACUCCUCCUCGGCGGUGCUGCUGCGCUGGGGCCGCCCCGCCUUCUCCUCCUCCCCGACCCUCAACUACACCCUGCGCUGCCACCCCGUCGGACUCCAGAACGCCUCCCUCGUCCGCUACCUCCAGACGUCGGAAACCCAGAUCCUGGUCCAGGGCCUGGAGCCCAGCACCAAGUACGAGUUCGCCGUCCGGCUGCACCUCGACCAGCUGGCCAGCCCGUGGAGCCCCGUCGUGUAUCACUCCACGCUGCCGGAAGCUCCCUCAGGACCCCCGCUGGGGGUGAAGGUGACCCUGAUCGAGGAGGACACGGCCCUGGUGUCCUGGAAGCCCCCCCUCGGGAUCGGGGCCGCCGUCUCGCGCUACACCAUCCUCUACGCCUCUCGCAAGGCCUGGGCAGCCGGGCAGUGGCAGGUCCUGCACCGGGAAGGAACGAUCACCAUGGCUCUGCUGGAGAACCUCCUGGCCGGGAACGUCUACCUGGUCAAGAUUGCGGCCUCCAACGAAGUGGGCGAGGGACCCUUCUCCAGCGCCGUGGAGCUGGCCGUCCGGCCCAAGGGCCCCCCCGAGUCCAACCAGAGGCCCAAGCGCCUGGAUGCCGGCGAUGCGGGAGACCCAGCCGACUCCGGCUCCUACCAGCUGGACCAGAGGUCCAUGACGGGCAUCGUGGCCGGCGUCUCCAUCGCCCUGGCCUGCAUCUGCGCCUGCGUCCUCAUCCUCAUCCACCGCGGAAAGGCCAGGAAAACGUCUGCUCCCAAAAGCGCCCCCGAGGCCUCCGACCAUCUCUCCUCGGCUGGGACGCCUCCUUCCCCCGGAGCCCAUGAAGCUGGGAAAGGGGCCCAAGACCCUGCCGAGAACAUGGAGUCCCUGCUUCCCAGGACUGCGGGGAGCACCUUCCUGGACGCCAAAGGAGGGACGGAUCUCGUCAUCGACAGCCUUGGCCCCGUCGCAAAGAGCGGCUCGAGGAAGAAGUGGCUCUUCUUUCCUGACUCAAAGGAAGCCAAGGCCGGGAAGACCCAAAGGUUGGCCAAAGCCGUGUGUCUGUUCCAGCCAAACGGAGCCGCCGCCGCCACCGCCGUCCUGGCGCCGGAAGGAGGCCCAACGGCGCAGCAAGGAGACACGUUUGCCACGGUUGCCGACACGGAGCACUCGGCCCACAGCGAGACGGGCGACUCGGGAAGGUUCUCCCAGGAGUCCAGCGAAGACCUGCACCGCCUCUCCGCCAUCCUGUCCGGCGACCCGUGUGCGGCCCCCAAAGAGCCCCCCGACCCCUUCCGCCCUCCAGACCGACUGACCAUGUGACCGCCUGACCCCCCGCCCACCGUUUUUGCUGUUCAAAGGACAAUGAACAGGGAGCCAAAGCUUUAGGACGCGGGAGCCCUGGGAGGGCGGCAGGUGACUCCCGCCACGGUUUGUUUGUGUCUGUGUUUUGCGCGCGGAAUCCCGCCCGUGUUGAAUGUUCCACAAUGUGAAGGGAGGGGGGGAGAGGGGCAGGCCUCGGGUUCGAGCCCAAAAGAGAGAAAGAAGGGUUUUUAAUAGUAUAUUAUAUGGAUAUGUGUCUGUCGGUGCCGUUAUCACUGGAGCGAAGGGCGCGGGGCCCUUGGCUUGGAGAUUAUCUACCUCAGUCGGCCGGGCGGCGGGUGCGGAGUGCCAAGGCGCAACCUCCGUCCAUCCCCGCCUUACGCCUACUUUUUUGCGCAAAGAGUUGUUCUCAACUGCGAUUACUUCCUAGUAGCGCCCCACUCAGUAUUUUUUAUAACUUCCCCCCUCCCUCCGUCUUGUGUGUGAAGUGUGCGAAUGAACGAAUGCGUGCGGUCGUGUGUUGUGUGCAAGUAUGAGAUUCGAAGGAGUUGUGUCGGGAGGCGAGGAGGAGGCGGCCGCCCAGCUCUCUCUGGCAAGUUGAAGAGGAGAAGGUGCCAAAGAAGAGGGGUGGGCCCGGCUCUGUUUCCCAAAGGUGAAUGCGGUCCUUUGAGGGGGGCCAACAGGCCUUGGACAGUGCCUUCUGCCCCCGUUUCUGACCCCAAUGACACCCACAUUUGCAGUUGGGAGCGCCUGCAGUUCAUCACAUAAUAGUCACACUUUUUUUGACGUGAGAAAACGGGGUGCGACUAUUACGCGAGGAAAAGAAUCUUCUGUUACUAGUUCAGCAGCACAAGGGUUUAACCCAUAGAUAGAGGGGAGAUUAGACUUCCAAAGGCCUCUCUUCCAGGAUUUCUAAGCUGCUUUAUGGCCUUUGGAGAAAGAAGGAAGGAAGGAAUCAGACCCGAAAGGCUCUGCGUCUAUUAUGCGAGGAACACAAACAGAUUAUAUCCAUUUCAUUGCCCCAGAAAUGAGGGUGCGACUAUUAUGUGAUGAAAUCUGGUUGUUUCUCCAAACAAAUGCCCAUUCAGCCACCCCAGAAAUGAGGGCGCGACUAUUAUGUGAUGAAAUCUGGUUGUUUCUCCAAACAAAUACCCCUUCAGCCACCCCAGAAAUGAGGGUGCGACUAUUAUGUGAUGAAAUCUGGUUGUUUCUCCAAACAAAUGCCCAUUCAGCCACCCCAGAAAUGAGGGUGCGACUAUUAUGUGAUGAAAUCUGGUUGUUUCUCCAAACAAAUGCCCAUUCAGCCACCCCAGAAAUGAGGGUGCGACUAUUAUGUGAUGAAAUCUGGUUGUUUCUCCAAACAAAUGCCCAUUCAGCCACCCCAGAAAUGAGGGUGCGACUAUUAUGUGAUGAAAUCUGGUUGUUUCUCCAAACAAAUACCCCUUCAGCCACCCCAGAAAUGAGGGUGCGACUAUUAUGUGAUGAAAUCUGGUUGUUUCUCCAAACAAAUGCCCAUUCAGCCACCCCAGAAAUGAGGGUGCGACUAUUAUGUGAUGAAAUCUGGUUGUUUCUCCAAACAAAUGCCCAUUCAGCCACCCCAGAAAUGAGGGUGCGACUAUUAUGUGAUGAAAUCUGGUUGUUUCUCCAAACAAAUGCCCAUUCAGCCACCCCAGAAAUGAGGGUGCGACUAUUAUGUGAUGAAAUCUGGUUGUUUCUCCAAAUGCCCUUCAGCCACCCCAGAAAUAGGGUGCGACUAUUAUGUGAUGAAACCCAGGCAUUUCUCUCUCCCUGCCCCACUUCCCGUGAUGUACUCCCCUUUAAUGUAGUUCUGAAUACGAAGUACCUUCCUGCACUUUGUUGCAGCCGUGCCUUCCGCCGUAGAUGCAUCUGUCCAGAGCGAGAGAUGCCUUAAGAUGCCUUAAGCGGGGCCCAAAUUCUGUAUGUUUUGCCCAGAAUAGGGCUUUGAGCAAUAAAUGUAAUACCUUCUGUUUACAUAAUUAAGGGGCGCGAUGGGACCCUGGCUCUCUCCUCUCGGGAAGGAAGAAAGAAAGACCCAAAGAGAGAGCGCUGACCGGCCGCCGGGAGGGACCCACACAACUCCUGUUUAUACUACCUCCUUGGAAGAAGUGAUUAUCUAGUAUUAUUGUGUGUGUUUUAUUUCCUGUUCUCAGGGCGCAGUGUGUGUUCCUUUGUGUUGAAAAGCUGUCUUGCAGCAAUGACAGGGUAUCUAUCUCUCUAGCUCUCUAUCUGUCGUGUUUAAUUUUUCUCUUUUUAAAGUCUGUCUGUGCGUGUGUGCGCGUUGUGCGAGAGGGUGACCUUGUCCACCAAAGCCAGGACCCCUGACCGUCCACCCCCGGCUCAUUUCCUCCUCCCUUCCUUCCUUUCUCUCGUCCUAUCUGAUCCGAUCCUAUCCCUUCUUUCUUUUCUUCCUUUUUUCUUUCCCCCUCCCUUCCCAUUCUUUUUUUCCUUCCUUCCCUCCUUUCUCCCAACCUAUCUGAUCCGAUUCUAACUUUUCUUUCUUUCUUUCUUUUUUUCUUUCCCUCUCCCUUCCUUUCCUUUCCCUUUCUUUACUUUUCCUUCCUUCCUUUCUUUUUCCCAUCCUAUCCAAUCCUAGCCUUUAUUUCUUUCCUUCUUUCUUUUUCUUUCCCUCUCCCUUCUCUUCCCAUCCCUUUCUUUUCCCUCCCUCCCUCCCUCCCUCCCUCCCUCCCUCCCUCCCUCCCUUCCUUCCUUCCUUUCUUUUUCUUUCUUUUCUUUCUUCCUUCCUUCCUUCCUUCCUUCCUUCCUUCCUUCCUUCCUUCCUUCCUUCCUUCCUUUCUCUUUCUUUCUUUCUUUCUUUCUCUUUCUUUCUUUCCCUCUUCUUUCUCUUCCCGUCCUAUCCCAUUCUAUCCCAUUCUUUACUUUCUUUCUUUCCUCCCUUCUUUUUCCUUCCAUCCCAUCCCAUCCUUUACUUUACCUUCUUUUUUCUUUUCUUACGUUCUUUCUUUCUUUCCCUCUUCUUUCUCUUCCCAUCCUAUCCCAUCCUUUCUUUCUUUCCUCCCUUCUUUUUCCUUCCAUCCCAUCCUUUACUUUACCUUCUUUUCUUACGUUCUUUCUUUCUUUCCCUCUUCUUUCUCUUCCCAUUUUAUCCCAUCCUUUACUUUCUUUCUUUCCUCCCUUCUUUUUUCUUCCAUCCCAUUCCUUAAUUUACUUUACCUUACCUUACCUUUCUCUUCUUUCUCCUCUCCCUUUCUCUCUCUUUCUUUCCUUCCCUCCUUCCUGGCUUUGGUGAAUGGUCCCUCUUCCUCCUCCUCCUCUUCCUCCUUCCCUUUCGUAGGCAUGUAUUCCUCCUUCCUUCCUUCCUUCCUUCCUUCCUUCCUUCCUUCCUUCCUUCCUUCCUUCCUUCCUUUAUGGGCCUUUUUCUCCUUCCCUUUUCCCCCCGAAUCCGAGGCUUUAAAGACGAGCCUGGCGAUGCCCUUGUACCAAAGAAGAAUGUUGUGUCGGUUUGACAAAGAAAGCUGCAUAUUUUCCAAAAAGGACUUGAGCUGGGUGACAAAGAGAGAGAGAGAGAGAGAGAGAGAGAGAGAAGAAAAGCUCUAUCUAUCUAUCUAUCUAGGUUUGGAUCCCUUUUAUUUUUUUGCCUAAGUAGAGACUAACCAGGAGCGAUGGCGGCAUUGGCGUUGUUGUUGUGUGCGCCGGGUGCCUAGACUAGUUCUGCGAUUGUGUUGCGUAAUUAACUACCUCCGUGUUCCUUUGACCCCUUCCUCUCCUCCCCAAAAAGUGCAGAGUUUCUCCAAAGACUUCCUCCCUUCCUUCUUUUCCUUUUCUUCAGCAACUCGCUCUUCCGCUCUUAGAUAUACACUAUUUUAGAGAGAGAGACGGGGGGAAAUGUGUUUUUUUAUAUAUUAUUAUAUCUAUAAUUAUAUCUUAUCUAUCUAUGUCCUUGCUGAAGGAAGAAAAGGAGCUCCUCUCACCAAAGAUGUGUGUUGUGUUUUGCGGGCCAAGGCGACCUGCGCUUGCCUUCCAAAGACUUCUUGUUGACACUUUCUAAGCCUUUCCCUUCCCUUUUCCCCGGUUGUUUUGGGACUUUGGAAAAGACCCGUCUCCUGGGUUUUUCCAGUGUAAACAAAACAGUUUCCACAAUGGCUUUGCAAGAGAUCUAAGGCACUCGGUUGCCCGUGUUGUCUCCAUGCCUUCCUCAUGGCUCUGUGGAUGAUGGGAUUGUGUCCCGAUGGUGGGCUUAAGGAGCCUCGCCUUUGUUGUUGUGUUUUGUCAAGGGUCCCGUAUCAGCAAAACCAAAGAUGUUUCAGGUUGUUGCCUUUUGCAGAGCUUGCUGUGGGUCGGGGCUGGGCUUCUCCCUCUUGGCACCAGAGACCAAAGCUGCCCUUCCUGGCAGCAAUAAUAAUAAUAAUAAUAAUAAAUAAUUGGAAGAGACCACAUGGGCCAUCUAGUCCAACCCCUGUAGUCUGCCAUGCACGGGAAUCACAAUCAAAGCCCUCCCGACAGAUGGCCAUCCAGCCUCCGCUUCAUGAUAAGCAUAGCAAUAAUAAUGAUGAUGAUGAUAGUAAUGAAAUGGAAUUGGAAGAGACCACAUGAGCCAUCUAGUCCAACCCCUGUAGUCUGCCAUGCAUGAGAAUCACAAUCAAAGCCCUCCCAACAGAUGGCCAUUCAGUCUCUGCUUCACGAUAAGCAUAGCAAUAAUAAUGAUGAUAGUAAUGAAAUGGAAUUGGAAGAGACCACAUGGGCCAUCUAGUCCAAACCCUGUAUUCUGCCAUGCAUGAGAAUCACAAAGCGCUCCCGACAGAUGGCCAUCCAGCCUCUGCUUCACGAUAAGCAUAGCAAUAAUAAUAUGAUUCUAUGAUAAGCAUAGCAAUAAUAAUAAUGAUGAUGAUAGUAAUGAAAUGGAAUUGUAAGAGACCACAUGGGCCAUCUAGUCCAACCCCUGUAGUCUUGUCAUGCAUGAGAAUCACAAUCAAAGCCCUCCCGACAGAUGGCCAUCCAGCCUCCGCUUCAUGAUAAGCAUAGCAAUAAUAAUAAUGAUGAUGAUAGUAAUGAAAUGGAAUUGGAAGAGACCACAUGGGCCAUCAAGUCCAACCCCUGUAGUCUGCCAUGCAUGGGAAUCACAAAGCGCUCCCGACAGAUGGCCAUCCAGCCUCUGCUUCACGAUAAGCAUAGCAAUAAUAAUAAUGAUAGUAAUAAUAAUAAUGAUAGUCCAACCCCUGUAGUCUGCCAUGCAUGAGAAUCAGAAUCAAAGCCUUCCCGACAGAUGGCCGUCCAGCCUCUGCUUCAUGAUAAGCAUAGCAAUAAUAAUAAUGAUGAUGAUAGUAAUGAAAUGGAAUUGGAAGAGACCACAUGGGCCAUCAAGUCCAACCCCUGUAGUCUGCCAUGCAUGGGAAUCACAAAGCGCUCCCGACAGAUGGCCAUCCAGCCUCUGCUUCACGAUAAGCAUAGCAAUAAUAAUAAUGAUAGUAAUAAUAAUAAUGAUAGUCCAACCCCUGUAGUCUGCCAUGCAUGGGAAUCACAAUCAAAGCCCUCCCGACAGAUGGCCAUCCAGCCUCUGCUUCAUGAUAAGCAUAGCAAUAAUAAUAGCGGAGAGGAGCCAAUGCCUUUGCAUUGCAAAGAGUUUUGGGCUGGUUGCUCCCCACUGUGCGGGCUGUGUGGACGACGGGGGCCGAAACCUUGCUGUUGUGCCCCACUGCACACAAGCCCCCUUGGGCCCCGAACCCGGUCCCUCUUGGUGGCACAUGGCUGACUCUGCAAACCCUGGGCAGUGGCCCUUCCCGUCCCCUUCCGUCCCGUUUCUGUUGUCUUUGAGGAGCGUGGCUGCCCAGCGAGUGGGGUCCCUCUGCCCCCCACUUGGCCCCUCUUUCCUUCCUGCCAUUCCCUCUCCUUUACGGGCCGCGGCGCCUGCCUGGCGACGGAAGACGGUGGCGCUGAGUGAUAAUAACCAUGCCACGCGUGCGAUGGCAUUGUUUCUCAGGGGAUCAGCGCCCGCCGUGGCUUCCGUGGCCGGAGGGCGGCCGCCGUGCGCCCCGAUCAUGAAUGUACCUCUUGACCCCCCCCCUUUCUAUUUGACAUGAUGAUGUUUUGUGGGAAUUUUUAUAUAUAAAUAUAUAUAUAAACAGAACUGACCUCAUUGCCUUUUUAGCGAUUGUGUGUCCACCUCCUUUUGUGUUUGUGAAUUCCUCCUUCCCUUGGACGCCGGGGCUUUUGCCCGGCCACCAGCCUCAUGCCAAAAAUGAAGAGAAGACGUCUAAAUGCCAAAAUAGGUUUAUAAUGAAACUGCUGUCUGGUAAACGGAUGGAUUGCACAGUUUGAAUAAAUUCUCUUUCCUUUAGUAUAAAAA